AUGAAGCCUAAUCAGAAAGUGUUUGAGCAUCUUAAGACUUAUGACUAUUACUUACCAUUGCAUUUGGAUUCUGUCUAGAAAUGGUACAAAAACAACUCUCAUUAUUAAAGGUUUUAUGAAAAAAUGGUUGACAAUUUGGGAUUAAGUGAAAGUUUUAAAACCUCAUUUCUGAGUCAGAUUUCUAAAAUUGGACAAUUAGCACAUAAUGAAGAGCAAUUUAGACAAUUAGUAAGAAAUACUUGGUUUGGUUUUUUGAAUUAAAAGCCUUUGUCUUGUAUUUGUCCAAUGUUCGACAGGCAGGAACAGAAUGAUGUACUUGAAUUUAUGUUGAAUGUCUUAAUUGAACCAAAAUAAUAUGAAAUCUCAUAUAUAGACGAAUUGCUCUAAUUAUACGAAUAUUAUUUACAAGGAGUAAAUCGUAGAAUUAUUAUUAUGUUUAGAACAGAGGAGUUGUUAGUAUUGUAAACAGGACAAAAUUUAGGAUGAUUCUUAGUAAAUUGAUUUGCAGUAAAUUUAUUCUGAGUCAAGAGGAAAGUUAUCAACCUCAAAUUAAGCAAUAUUUAUUCGAUCUCUAUCUAAGGAAAAUUGAGAAAUUGGAAGAAAAAGAGAGAAUACGUGUUGAAUAAAUUACCAAAGCCAAUCUCUUUCAUAUUCUAUUUGAAUUAUUGUUUGAUCAGACUGAAGGAUAGGGAAAUAUGUUUAAUCAUCUUAAACGAAUAAUCUUAAUCUUAUUGGAUGAGUAAUCAAACAUAUUUGUAUCCUUUCAAAUCUUUAAGAGCUUCUAUCAAAUGUAUUUAGAAAAGGAGAAAUUCCUCUUUGAUAGAAUUGAUCCCAGACUUAAUAUAGAUUAUAAUCGAGUUGCUGUUGAAUUACAUCAAAAAUACAUUGAAAAGAGGGAUUUAAGAGAAGCCUUGAAAUCUAUUGUCUACAAAUCAACCUAAAGCAUGGAUUACAAAUUAGUACUACGAGAAUUAGUUACCAGGGACAUCUACAGCAAAGAAAAUGAAUAAAUCUUUUUACCUCUCUUCAAAGAAUUUGAUCAGAUUAAUACUCAAAAAUAUCGCAGACAAUAACCAAUCGAUAAUGAUCUAGUCUAAUAAAUUAAACUCUUAGGUUUUAAUAAAUUGGAUAAAAGAAAUGAAAUUGAAUUUGAUAAUCUCAAUUUUUCAAUCAUUAUAACAGAUAAUAACAAUAUUGUUGUAAUCAAUAAAAGAACUAAAUAAAAAGCUAAGUGUUCUAGCAUUAAAGAACUUCAUACAUUUAUGCAGAAUUCAAAUAUUUGA